AAAUUAAAUGAGGUUUUCUCUUUGUUGUUGUUUAUGAUGUUAUGCAGAGGAAAAACCCUAAACUAAACCCCGGGCAGAGAGAAAGAGAAGAUGAGGGAGGAAGAGGUGGUGGAAGGCGUGACGAGGAUUCUGCAACAGAAGAAGGAGAAUGGAGAAUUGGAAUCAGAGAAACUUCAACGUUUCAUCCCUCACCUCACUCCCACUCUCAUCGACUCCAUUCUCUCAUGCAACACUCUCUGCUCCAAUCCCACCACGCUCCUCUCUUUCUUCAAUUGCCUCCAAACCCACGCUCCACCUCCGCUACGCUCCUCCCCUCACGCGCUUCUCUCCAUUCUCCCUCCCCUCCUCCUCCGCCGCAAAUUCUCCGACGCCAAGUCCCUCCUCAUCUCCUUCAUCUCAUCCGACCGCACCCACGCCCUCCACGCGCUCCUCCUCCGCCCCCGCCGCUCCCUCUCCAAACCCCUUCUUGACACCGCCCUCGGCGCCUACGUCCACACCGGCCACACCCACCACGCCUAUCUCCUCUUCCAAAAAAUGAAACGAUUGCGUUUUACUCCCAACCUCCUCACCUGCAACACCCUCCUCAACUCCCUCGUCCGCUCCCUUUCCUCCCACUCCACCCUUCUCGCCUCCGGCAUCUUCCACGACGCCGUCGCCCUCGGCGUCAAGCCCAACACCAACACUUUCAACAUCCUCAUCUACGGUUACUGCCGCCAUAAAAAGUUUGAUCACGCCCUUGCGCUUGUUCAGCAAAUGCCCGAAUUCGGGUGUUUCCCUGAUAACGUCACCUACAACACCAUUUUAGAUGCCCUGUGCAAGAAAGGUCAGUUGAGUAAAGUGAGGGAUGUGCUUACGGAAAUGAAGAAUGUCGGAUUGGUUCCCAAUAGGAAUACUUAUAAUAUCCUUGUUCAUGGGUAUUGCAGGUUGAAGUGGUUGAAGGAGGCUGCUGAAGUUAUUGACUUGAUGACUAAAGAUGGUGUCUUGCCGGACAUUUGGACUUAUAAUACCUUGGUUAGGGGGUUGUGUGAUGAGGGGAAGAUUGAUGAGGCUAUUAGGGUUAGAGAUGAGAUGGUGAGUUUGAAGUUGAUACCGGAUGUUGUUACUUAUAAUACUUUGAUUGAUGGGUGUUUUAAGUGGUGUGGCAGCGUUGAGGGGUUUAGGUUGAUUGAGGAGAUGAAGUUGAGGGGGGUUGAGAUGAAUGUGGUGACUCACAAUAUAGUGGUUAAGUGGUUAUGUAAGGAAGGUAAGAUUGAUGAGGCGAGUGAUGCUGUGGUGCGGAUGGUGGAGAGUGGGGUUUAUCCCGAUCGUUUUACUUAUAAUACUAUGAUUAAUGGUUAUUGUAAAGCAGGGAAGUUGGGAGAGGCGUUUAAGAUGAUGGAUGAGAUGGCAAGGAAGGGUUUGAAGCCAGAUGUUUUUACUCUUAACAGUGUGUUACAUACUUUGUGUAUGGAGAAGAAGCUUGAAGAGGCGUAUGAGUUAACUGUGCAGGCUGGGAAGCGGGGUUAUAUUCUUGAUGAGGUGACCUAUGGAACUCUGAUCAUGGGGUACUUUAAGGCUGAGCAGGAAGACAAAGCGUUGAAGCUUUGGGAGGAGAUGAAGGGAAGAGGGAUUCUUCCUAGUGUUGUCACUUACAACACUCUAAUCAGAGGGUUAUGCCUGUCUUGGAAAACUGAUCAAGCAGUGGAUAAAUUGAAUGAGCUUUUGGAGAAGGGUUUGGUCCCUGACGAGUCUACAUGUAACAUCGUUAUUCAUGGUUACUGCUGGGAGGGAAUGGUAGAGAAAGCGUUUGAGUUCCAUAACAAAAUGAUAGGGAAGUCCUUCAAACCAGAUAUCUUUACACGUAAUAUUCUCCUUCGAGGACUCUGCAGAGAGGGCAUGCUGGAGAAAGCUUUUAAACUCUUUAACUCAUUGGUUUCCAAAGAGGCUUCCGUUGAUGUAGUUACAUACAACACAUUGAUAUCAGCAGUUUGCAAAGAAGGGAGACUGGAGGAAGCAUUUGAUCUUAUAACUGAAAUGGAAGGGAAAAAAUUGGAGCCUAACCGGUAUACAUAUAAUGCCAUUGUUAAUGCGCUUACUCAUGCCGGUAGGACUGAGGAAGCUGAGAAAUUCAUGUCAAAACUUUUAGAGGCAGGGCAAGAUGUGAAACCUCAUGAAACUUCCCAAGAGCUUGAUGCUUCAGGUGAUAUUAUGUACUCAGAGCAAAUAAGUGAUUUGUGUACCCAGGGAAAGUACAAGGAGGCAAUGAAACUAUUUCAAGAGUCAGAAGAGAAGGGAAUUGGUUUAAAUAAAUAUACGUAUAUCAAGUUAAUGGAUGGGUUUUUGAAGAGGCGAAAAAGCGUAUCCAAGGUUGCCCAACCAAAUUGAAACAAUAAAUUGGCUAUGUAUUUAUGAUGGCAUUGGAUUUGGAAUGCCCAUAAUGCUGAAGCACUUGUAGAGGUGCUGUUAUGAUGAAACUGAAUAAUUUCAUUUUCAGACAUAUUGUUCCUUAUCUGAAGGGAGAGAUGUAAGGUUGACUUGGUAGUAAAAGUGGAAGAGAGAAAGGGACAGUCUUGGGUUCGUUUGAGCUACCCCUCUCGGCUAACAAAGGCUAACAAAAGCUAACAUUUGCUAAUCUAAAAAAGUUAUGUAGUUUCAGUGUAAAUGUCCUUCACUUCUAUUUGUGAAUCUAGUGAUUAUAGUGGUGACUUUGCAUUUCUUUCUUUACGCUUAAGUGAUGUGAACUUCUUCAUUCUUGAUCUUUGUGCAGAAUUGAUGCAUAAAGUUAAAUUUUUUAUUAUUGCCAAAGAGACCAUAUCAACUAGAGAGUCAUUUAGAACCUAUCCUGGUCAAGUUUGUUAGACUUUGUGUCACCCAUCAUUGGGUUCCGCUUAGUCCUAUGCCUGAAAUUUUCAGUCCUCAUUGUAAUGAAGUAUGUUGAAGAACCUACAACAAUUAGAGAUAAGACCAACUUAUAGUGUAUAGGUAGGUUAAACCUCAACUUACCAAGCAAGUUUGCAAUGUUGAAUUUGGUUUACAUUCUACUUUCUUAA